AGCUGCUCUCGACCUCGCCCGCCUUUGUGCUCGCAAAGGCUCUGAUUGUUCGUCGGAACCGGCGACGAGUAGUAUGACAAACAAUGUAUUGGCAAGUAAGCCCGAGUGGAUGCUCGUCAUGCAAGUCCGUUAUACCCGAGCGGUAUGCUCCCGAGUCUGACACUAUAGCUGCUGUCAAUAAGGAUUCACGCGUGAGCUCGGCACUCAGAGAUCAGGAACCAUAGGGUAAGAGAAGCUGACCGGCGUGCGUCCGCAACGCCUGUUGAUUCCCGAGCGGAUGUAUCCCAUACGUUUCCGGACGUUUGUUUGUUGAUUGUCCGUCCCACAAAGAACGUCCCCACUGAUGCGAUGGCUUCAAUUGGGCGUCGCGUCCCUCCCCUGCCCUUUAUUCACCGUUCGUAUAAAGCCACCUUCGAGACCCUCCGUCGGCCAUAGCAACUCUCCUUUCGAGUUAGCAUUCGUUGCCUUCGCACUCGCCCUCCCCUCCCGUCACUGUCACCUGCUCAAGCAGCCUUUGUGCUCGCGACACCACGCCCUCACCCUCUCAUCCCACUCGUAUACUCGCAUACUACAUCCACAAUGCGUUUCUUCGCUGUCCUCGCUCUCGCUGCCGCCGCCUCCGCUGCGUCCCUCCACCGCAGGCAGUCCUUCCCUGAUUGCUCGCAGUCCUGCCUUGCCAACGCGGACUUCGGCAGCUGUGACCCCCUCGACGACUCCUGCCUCUGCAAGUCCUCCUCGUUCGUCAACUCCGUGACGAGCUGCAUCGAGGGCGCCUGCCAGGGCUCGGACCUCACCAACGCCGAGUCCGCUGCGCAACAGCUCUGCCUCGCCGUCGGCGUCACCCUCACCUCAACACCCGCGGCCUCCUCCGCGUCCGCCUCUGCAUCUGCGACCGCGCCCGCAUCCGGCUCCACCACUAGCACCGCUGCCGGCUCUGCGACUCAAACUGCCCCCGCGUCCGCCACGACGUCCGCCGCUAGCAGCGGCAGCAACGGCGCGGCCUCGCAUGGCGCGAACGCACUCCUCGCGCUCGCCGCGGUGGGCGCUGCUGCCCUCGUCUUCUAGAUGCGCCCCACGGCCCUGUCGUUUUAGACGUAAAUAUGCGCGCCCGGUGCCGAGCGUCGGGGCCAGCGCAUACGCCCCUUUGCCUGGGCUGCUCGACGCUUGAUGAACACUUCCCCUAGUCUGUGCUCGGGCUAAGCUCAGAUCCGCCUACACACACACCUCAUAGCGUUUUUAUGAAUGACCCGGUCGUUCGCUUUCCUUUCGUGCUUGCUUGCUUUUAUACAUAUGUAUCCUUGCUUGGGCUUUGAAGCCGUCUUGUGUAGCAUGUUUCUUUCGCUCUUCUUGCGCAAUACCAUAUUGGCUA